AUGCGGCUGCUCGGAGCCUUCCUGCGGCUGCUGCUGGCCGGGGCACUGGGAGCGCCGCCCGCCCCGGCCACGGAGACGCGGGGGACAGCCAGCGCGGAGGCGCCCGUCCUAACCUUCAAGGAGAUCUGGAACCGUAGCUUCUGCCGGCCUCGGGAGCAGCUAGUGGAUAUCAUUACCGAGUUCCCCAACGAGGUGGAGUACAUCUUCAGGCCCUCCUGCGUCUCCUUGCAGCGCUGCGGGGGCUGCUGCGGUGAUGAGGGGCUCCGCUGCGUCCCCGUGCAGACCGGCACGGUCACCGUGCAGCUUGUGAAGAUAAAGCCCAAUGGGGAGGCACCCUACGUGGAGGCACCCUACGUGGAGAUGUCGUUCACUGAGCACAAGCAGUGCGAAUGCAGGCCGCGGCAGGACCUGGCGAGGCCAGGCAGGAGGAGACUCAAGGGCCGAGGUAAGAGAAGACAAGACAAGAAGAGACGUAAAGACUGCGAGCUAUGUGGCACACCACGCAGGUAGCCUCCGCUCUGCCCCUGGCCUCGCUCCUGCCUCUGGAGCUUGAGCCUGUGGCACUUCUGCCCAGUGUGGGGACGUGUGGUGCUGAGCCCCUUGGAGUGACAGUGCUGGGGAGAAGGACUGAGGCAGGAAGGAGCCGACGAGAUUCAUGCUUGGCUUGGGUGGAAGCGUAUCCUGGAGGCAAGCAUUCUCUUGCCCCAUCUGCACUGGUUGCAGCAGGACUAAAGGACCCAGAAGGGAGGAUGAGGAGCCGGAGCUGCAAACUGGUGCUGGAGGGCAUCUUGGGGCUGAGAGGAACAGAGCUGUGGGCAUGCUGCUGGAGCUGGGUGCAGUGUGGAGUGGGAGUGAGCAGGGCUGGAACCACAGAACUAUUGUGUCCUACAGGCAGAGGGGAGGGAGCACAGCUGGGAUGGGUCCCCAUCUGGGCAAGGUGCAGCCCAGAAGGGUGUCUGCAGGGGAGGGGAGCUUGGCAAGCCCUUCUGUAGGCACGGGGAGGAACUGGGGUGCUUCAGACCCUUCCUGUAUCCACAGCCACAUCCCAGCCGUGCCCUUCUGAAUAAAAGCUGGGGGUGGACCCAAGAGCUGGGUGGGUGAGUGCUCCUCUCUUUUACAGCAGCUGGAGGGCCCUUCCAGCCAGUGCCCAGACUGGUGGUCCCAGCUAUUGCAGCACUCAUCCCAUUCCUGGUGUGGUCCUGCACUGACUCCCUCUGUUUCUUUGAGGUCUGGUCCCAUCUUGCUGUCCUACAGCUGUCCCUUGGCCCUGGUGGAGCUGAUGCUGGAGGCAAACUGCCCAGGGGCUUUCCUAUCCAAGAAAUGUACUCCAUUCAUCUGGCACAGUGGCACCGUCUGUUACUGGGAACACACUGGUAUGGGCAGGGGACUGUCAUCCCCAGUCUGGGGAGCUACAGGCACUCAUUUUCUGUUUGCCCCAGUAGUGGAGAAAGGGCUGGGGGCUCCUCCCUGGGGCCAUGAUGGCACUUCAGCCAGGGCCAUGGACAGCCCAUACCCUGGUUCCUGCUCACCUCAAGCGCUGCCCCUGGGACUCCUCCAUUCCACCCCCAGUGUUGGAUCUGGCUGCUGCAUGCAUUCUGUGCUCUUCUGUACCCUUCAGCAGCACACAGACCCUAAGGACAAAAUGGGGAACUGAUGGCACAGAAGUUCCUAGGUCCAGUCCUGCAUUCAACCACCCUCUUUGUGAAUGUGGAGCUGACUAGAGCUCGCUCAGCUUUGGCAGCCCCUGACAAGCCACAGCUGGGGGUGUAUUUCUACAGACCUGAAGCGGCUGUGUGAUGGCUCAGCUGCUGCCCUCAGCUGAGGAGAGAUAUGGCUUAUCCUGUGCUGGGUAGUCAGAGAGGGCUGCAGCAUGGAUAGGAGAUUUGGGGCAGCCUUCUCAGGUCUGAUAGUGCUAGGUGGGGGUCCUGGUGCGGGCAGCUUGCUGCGCUGUGUGCCUGUUCAGCAGGUCCAGAGGUGCUGUGAGCAGCAGGAGCCACCGGCAGUGCUGAGGGAUGGCCCUGAUGGCCUUGCAUCCUUUGUAACAGUAAAACUUUCACCAUGGUAGUAUUAUGACCUUUGAGAAUGAAACUAUGUAAAAACAAGACUAUUAAUUUAAAA